AUUGUACUUUGUCGCACUCAGUGGUGAUACUAAUAUAAUUGUCCAGUCUCGUACGAUUCAGUUCUUUAGGUUAUAAGCUAAAGGAUGGAAGAAAGUCAUGGAAGAUCGAAUGCAAAAGCUUCCUUUCAAGGGAAUGGUUGGAUACACAUUCAACACAAGAAAACACGCUCUUUGGAUUAUUCAAGACAUCUUUGUAGCAGUACAAGAUCGGCUGCAUUGAUCGGCAAGAGGCCCUCAAAAUCGUUCAGUGAUUCCGAUGCUAUUGAAAUCCUAAAGCAGAGAAUAGCUCGCAGGCAAAGUGAUCCUGCUUUUAACACAACAAAUGUGACUUUAGUUGGACAAAGCGUUACAAGGACUCCACAGAUACAAGUUUAUCAAAAGGACAAAACAUUUCAUAGGAAAUACGGCAGCAAGAGCGAAGAGACAGAGCUUAAUGCUUCGUCAAAUAGCAUAGCGAUACAUCGGAGUUGUAUUAACAGCCCAACAAGUUCAUCUUGUUUUAGUCUUAAUGAUGACGAUUGUGCUCGUUCUUUCUGCGAUUCUGUUUCUUCCAUCGCUUGCAGCAACUUUACAUUUGGAAAUGAUGAUGAAAAGUGGGAAAGAAAAUUGACUUUUUCGGAUAGAUUUGGAAAUUUCAAUGCCAUUGAGACUUGGCUUCAGUGUUUAUCCACCCCAAUAUUUUAGAAUUCAAACUUCAUUCUCCAUUACCCUAUGUGGAACUUGUUGUUCGCGCGUUUUCCUUCAGAACUGUGGCUCAAAAUUUACUACUCUAUAAAAGUAAUUGUCGGAACAAUUGAAAUCAAGAAGAAAUAUAUAUAUUUUUCAUAACUUAUUUUUUGGAAUCGCUAGCAUUUCUUUUCCAGAUAUUUAAAUUCAAAGAUAGUGCAUUUUUAUACCAGUUUCAACAGCUACUUUAUAGUAGAAAAAUGCGUUACUCAUUUCUCUAACCAAGUGGCGGCGGAAACCAAAAAUAAAAGUAAAGUUCUUCAAUUUGCUUUUUUAAUGAUCAUCUCAAAACAAACAGUAGCUAUAGUUUGACCAAAUUAAGCAAUGAGGCUCACAAGGUAAGGCAUAACAUUAUUGGGAGUGUGUGCUGACUUGUAGAGCUGAAUUUGGUCUUGCUAUAGUUUGACCUUGAAAGCCCUAAAAUCCAAUGUGAUUGUCAAAAUCUAUUUUUAAUUACUUCCUUUGUACUAGACCACUAG